CGGUGGUUUCGGCCAAAAUCCCAACAAAAGCUGAAGCAAGAGAAGAGGAAACGCAGAGACGAGACAUGUUCUGUUCCUUGUCGCGAUGUAUUCUGAGGAAAAACCCUUCUAAUCUCGCCGGGAAAUUCCUCCUCGCCGCUGAUUUCCACCACCACCAACACCACAACCACCCAAAUGCCUCCUUCCCUCCUCCUCUAUGCCUUCGCAGUAAUCUCAUCCCCAAUACCCAAAUCCCUACCUCGUUUUCCCGUCAUAAAUGGCACGGCAGCGGCGGCGAUUGCGGCGGCGGAGGAGGCGGCAGCGGUUAUGAUCACAUCAGGGCUGACGUCAACUGUCCCCGUUGCUCGGCCCAGAUGCCUGUCGUUUUCUCAAACCGGCCCUUGUCGCUCACAGCCAGAGAACCUGGAAUCUAUCAAGCUGUUAAUUUCUGUCCGAAAUGCAAGACGGCUUUCUACUUCAGACCAUUUAAGUUGGUUCCCUUGGAAGGAAGCUUCAUCGAGCUCGGUAUGGUCAAAGGGACAGGGGACGAUGAUGGGGUUUCGGAGGACGUGUUUGGGAGGAGGUGGAAAAUGCAGGGUUUUAGAAGCGAGGAAGGUAAUGAUGAGGAGGAAGACAAUGAGUAUGGUGGUGAUAGGGAGAAGGAUUCUGUGAUGAAGAAGUUACCGACUCCGAAGGAAAUCUGUCAGAAGUUAGAUGAGUUUGUCAUUGGUCAACAGAAGGCUAAGAAGGUACUUUCUGUGGCUGUCUACAACCACUACAAAAGAGUAUACCACGCCUCCUGGAGAAAAGGGUCUGCUUCAGAAUCAGGUAACAUCGAUAUGGAUGAUGAUGACAACAUUGACCUUGUGGAGUUGGAUAAGAGCAAUGUGUUGUUGAUCGGCCCUACAGGCUCAGGGAAGACCUUACUUGCAAAAACUUUAGCACGGAUAGUGAAUGUACCAUUUGCGAUUGCUGAUGCCACAUCUCUAACUCAGGCAGGUUAUGUUGGUGAAGAUGUGGAAUCAAUAUUGUAUAAACUACUAGUGGAAGCUGGGUUCAAUGUAGAUGCAGCUCAGCGAGGAAUUGUUUAUAUUGACGAAGUUGAUAAGAUAACUAAGAAGUCUCAUAGCUCAAAUGGUGGUAGAGAUGUCUCUGGAGAAGGUGUCCAACAGGCUUUGCUAAAAUUGCUGGAAGGAACUGUGGUCAGUGUUCCAGUUCCCGAUAAAGGAUUUCGUAGAGACCCUCGAGGAGAUUGCAUUCAGAUGGAUACAAAAGAUAUCCUUUUUAUUUGUGGUGGAGCAUUUGUCGAUUUAGAGAAAACUGUAUCGGAAAGGCAGCAUGAUGCUUCUAUUGGUUUUGGUGCUCCUGUUCGUUCAAACAUGACUACUAGUAGGUUCAGUACUGCUAUAGUAUCCUCACUGUUGGAAUUGGUAGAGAGUGCAGAUCUUGUUACUUAUGGUCUGAUUCCUGAGUUUGUUGGAAGGGUACCCAUCUUAGUGAGCUUAUCUGCUUUAAACGAAGAUCAGCUCGUGCAGGUUCUCAUGGAACCCAAAAAUGCGCUGGGCAAACAGUACAAGAAGCUGUUUAGCAUGAACAGUGUUCAAUUGCUCUUUACUGAAGGAGCAACCAGGAUGAUUGCAAAGAAAGCGAUGUCCAAGAACACCGGUGCGCGUGGCUUACGAUCUCUAUUAGAAAGUAUUCUCACGGAAGCAAUGUUCGAGGUACCGGACAGCAUCACAGAAGGGUCUCAUGGUAUAAGAGCAGUUCUGGUAGAUGAAGAGGCAGUUGGUUCGGUUGAAACACCAGGGUGUGGUGCAAAAAUUAUCAAGGGAAACGUUGAGCCGGAACAUUUCGUCCAAGAAACAGAGUCGAAAGACUUCGAGCUUGAUGUUUGCAGGACAGUAGAAGGGAAGAUGAGGCAAAAAGAGCUCACAGUUUGUAACUGAACCGACAUUAGAUUUGCCAAUGUUCGAGGUUAUCGCAUCGUAUUCAAGCAGUUAAACCGGCGAAGCGUUCCCCUGGAAAAUCCGAGUUGGAGUUCUACGAGAUUACUCGGAUAUUCUCAUAGCGUCCUUGAAGAAUGAAGGAAUAAGCCUUUGUGACGGUAAAGAUUCAAGCUUUUAUCAUAAUAAGCGAAUAGUAACUCUAUGCAUCUCAUGACUGUCAAUUAUAUGCUUUGUUUUCAGCUUCAUGCUUGUAUUUGUACAAGUCCUCUUUUGGGUUUCAAUUCACAUUCUAUGUUAUGUGUAUCUCCGUUAUAGAUAGAGGAUCUGUAAAUGGUUAUGACAAGACACUUUCAAAGCUUGUCGGCAUUUGAUAUAA